UUAUGUUCGAGAAUUGUGAAAAACCAAGACAAACAGUUGUGCGUAUGAUUUGCACAGUUUAUUCAAGAUUUAUAUCGAAAACGUUGUAUAACGAACAUUUUUUCUAAUGAAAAAGAGGAAGAGUAUCGAUUCUAAACAAAACUUGUUGAAGAAAAACAAGAAAAAUAGAAAAAUCAAAAAGAAAAAAACAGAAAAGUUCUCAACAAUGGCUUUGUCUAUUUUAGAAAGCCCUCUCAAUGCGGUUUAUGAAAGUCCUCUAAAGCAUUUCUACCAUAACAGUGCAUUGGCUCAAAACACAGCAUUGAGAAACAAUUCUAGUCAAUCUUCCAGCAAAAAUGGCAAAUCUCAGUUAACUCCUAAUGCUAAAUCAUCAAAAAGUAGAACACCGGUAAAGCAAACUAUUUUAAACAGAAAGUUUAUUAAUCCAAUUAAUCUUGCUAGCAAACAGACGUGUUCAAAAAGAAAGGAAAAUCCUGUCACUCCAGAAAAAAGUCUCAAACGUCCAAGAAACAGCUUUAACUCAUCUGAAAAAUGUGAUGAUGAUUCAAUUAUAGUAAUAGAAGAUGUCCUGCUCCCAAAUAAAAUAAUAGAUGAAUUUAAUACUCCACACAGCAAUAAAACAUUUAUUGACAAACCGCAAACUAAAACUCCCAAUGCAGAAUCUGUUCCACCUGUUGCACCUGUUAGAGUACUUCAUGAAGUAGAUGGAGAUUUCAUGGUUGUCGAAGAUCAUAACGGAGAUAAUACACAAACAAAAAGUAAAGUUCAAACAGAAACUAUUGAAACUCCAAAAAAUUCGACAAAUUCUGACUCUAUUAUUAUAAUAGAUGAAGAUUCUCCUGUAAAAACUGCAAAACCAAAAUUGCAAAAAAGGCAGAGCGAUGAAUGUUUGGUUGUUUGGGCUUCAGAACCAACCAAAUUAUCAAAAAAUAAUAGUAAAAACACAUUGAAAUUAUCCCAAAAAAAAUCUCCGAAACAAACCAAGCGUGCACUUCUUAAACAAAAAAUAUCCCCCAACAAACGAAGCCAAGAGUUCAAACGGAAUGCCUUGCGUAGACAAAGUGAUUACAUUCAUGGUACAAACGAAAAUAUACCAAAAAAGGGAACUCCUCGAGAAAUUGUGAUUGAUGGUAGUAAUUGUGCCAUGGCGUACACAAACGGUAAGGCCUUCUCGGAACAAGGAAUACAGUUACUCAUUGACUAUUUUACCAAACGAGGGCACAAAAUGAAAAUUUUUGUACCUCAACAUAAAAGGUGUAAAAGUUUUCCAAUGCUAGAAAAAUGGCAUUUGGAUGGAAUAUUAGUUUUCACACCAAGUAGAAAAGCUGGCAAUAAACGAAUUGUGCCUUACGAUGACAGAUAUAUUUUGGAAUAUGCAAAAAAUUGCGAUGGCAUCGUAGUUUCACAAGAUCAAUAUCGAGAUUUGUAUGAUGAGGAGCCUGCAUUCCGAGAUACUAUAGAGAAUCGAAUACUAGUACCGACUUACGUUAACGGUUAUGUUAUGUUCCCUAAUGAUCCUUUGGGAAGGCACGGUCCAAAAUUAUCAGAAUUUCUAAAACAUUGAAACGAUUUAUUGCGCUUUAAUGUGAUAUGAGAAAAAGAAGAGUCGCAGAACCAAAACCGUUUAAAAACUUGACAAGAAUGCGCUACAAUGUCUGGUUAAAAUUUUAUGUAAUUCAUAAAAUGUCGAAAAACGCUUUUUGUUUGCAAAAUGUGACACAGAUUCGUAGUCGUCCAUUUUUGUUUUUAUAAUAUUUACUUUUUGUUUAUUAAUAUUUAGAAGUGGAUUUGUUAUUUCGAGUUUUUUGCGAAGCCGCUAUGAUUAAUUGGUAAUCGUCGUUCAUGUACAUAAUUUCUAAAUUUUAUUUCUACUAGAGAUUUAUCACUACUAACAUCACAGUUUGGCUUUCCGUUACAUAUAAUUCUAAGUGAUCAACGUAAAAAAAAAUGUCAAGUUCAUUAAUUAGACUUGUUUGAAUUUCAGCUGAUUGGAUAUUUUUUUCAAAUUUUAUUAUAAAAAUUAAUACAAAAAUAAUUUUGUACAAUGUUAACACAAUACUGUUUCUAAGUGUUCAUUGAACAAACGCGAACACACACAAAUUUCACAAAUAUUUAGCAUGAAUAAACGUGUCACAUUUACAAAUGUAUAUACGUAUUUACAAGUCUUGAAUAAAAAAAAAACAAAAAAGAGA